UCAUCUUGGCCCGUCCCGCCAGUCAGUCAGUGGAGCUCGAGAGGAGAAGACGUCUUACACAGCCGAGCCGUGCCGAGCCGAGCCGAGACGCGCACAGCGAUCCGAACAGUGUCGCGACCAGUGAACAGUGAGCCGUCCGCCCGUCCGCCUUCAACUUCUAGGACCUUCGCCACCCAAGCUGGAUAGAUUCGCCGCAGCCCGCCCGUCGCACGGACUAUGAAUUUAUAGGCUGCCCGCCAACCACCGCCCUCGCCCCGACCGCCGCCAUGGAGGUGUACCAGGUGCUGGACUUCUCCAGCAACGCGGGCCACAUGGCCACCAUGCUGCCCCACAGCCCGGCCAGCCCGCCGGCCCACCAGGACAGGCCGAGCGUGCUGGACCUGUGCGUGCGCCGGUCCAGCCCCACCACCAGCCCCGUGUCCAGCCCCGCCAGGAUGAGCCCCCGAAGCCCCAGCAGCCCCCGCAGCCCGCUGUACCACCCCUACCUCAACAACAACAACAGCAAGGCCGUGAACCACAACGACAUCAAGCCCGCGGUGCGGCCCAAGAUGGAGAUGGACUACCAGACCAGCCUGCCCAGCCCGCCCGCCUACCCCCACGCGGAACUGCCUGACGCCAACCAGAUGUCCGCCGUGCCCCCGAUGUCCGUGCUGCAGCAGCGCCUGCUGCCGCGGUCCGCCACGUCGGCCUUCGCGCCGUGCUCCACGGCCUCCGGCAUGAGCGCCGGCAUGCCCACAGUGCCCGCGCCGCGCCGCCGCCGCACGUCCUCGGGCUUGCCGGACUCACCGCUGGGCUCCUCGGACGACCGCAGCUCGACGGCGGCCUCCCCGUCGCCGUCGCCGCCCAGCAUGGACAUCCUGGGCCCGCUGGGCCAUCUGGGCGGCCUGCCCGGACUGCACUACGCCGCCCCCACCGCGCUGCCCACCGCGCUGCCCACCACCAGCCCCACCGGCAGCCUGCCGCUGGGGACGCCCCACCAGGUCAGCCCCGCCAGCCCCGCCAGCACGGCGAGCCGCAACGGCAAGCCCACGCGCCCCUUCAAGGCCUACCCCAAGGACCCGCUGAGCCUGACCGCGGGCGUGCAGGUCGGCGGCGUGACGCUGGGCGCCGCGGAGGCAGCGCUCGGCCGCGCGUCCAACGAGGCCUACGCCGAGUUCCGGCGCCGCAUGCUGGCGCAGGUGCAGGCCGCCAUGCCGUCGUCCGCCAACAAGGCCAGGAACAAGGACGCGCGCCCGCCCAGCCCCACGCAGCAGCAGCCCGCCGACUCGCUGACGCACGGCGAGACGACGCCGGCCGGCGCGGCGGACAGCAGCAACGCGUCGUCGCCCGAGUCCGGCGCCGGCGGCGACUCCAAGGACGGCAAGGACGCGGCCUACUGGGAGCGGCGCCGCAAGAACAACGAGGCCGCCAAGCGGUCCCGCGACGCGCGCCGCGCCAAGGAGGACGAGAUCGCCAUCCGCGCCGCCUUCCUGGAGCAGGAGAACCUCAAGCUCAAGUACGAGGUGGCCGCCCUGCGCAACGAGACCGCCAAGCUACGCUGCAUGCUGUACCAGGGCGCCACCGAGUGCUGAGCUCGGACCUUGUAAAUAGUGUAGUUGUCUCGCGACCAGAGUCUCUCAUGACUGACCCAUAGACUUGAAGAUGUUGACGACCGUGUUGUUUGAGAUUAUUAUUGUGAUUUUAGCGAUUAGGGAUCGUAGUUUAAGUUUGAGUGCCGGAUUGCCGCUGAGUUUGGGCUCUGCACAGAAGAACUAUGCUCACCAUUAGUUUGCCAUAAGGAUGCUUCUUGAUUUACCCUAGUCCAAAAUAGUUCGUGCAGGCUCAGGCGAGGGGGUUUGAUAGUGUUUGUGCGUGUAUGACGUGUGUAUAUGUAUGAGAGAAUGAAUGAAUGAAUGAAUGAAUGUGUGCGUGUGGCACACCCUGUCUGCCAGUGGCUCCAGGAGGGACACAACCCCAGUUAUUCUUAUAGUUUAAGGCCUUUAUUACUUAAUUUAGUAGACACACCCCUGUCGGUACGCUGUCUACUUAACUCUCUGCUGUGACCAAUGGACCAAGCUUGGAUUUGCCUGUGCUCUCAGAAGCCUCGGGCUCCGAUGCUGUCCAAAUUUUUAGUUUGUACGUUAUUUUAUUUCAUUAGCUGGUAAGGAAGAGUGUUACUGGCACGACCGGACGCUCUCGAGUCGCACCGCACUAGAGCUGCUCUCACAUGAACCGGACUGCACUCCGACGUCGAGGAGAGAUCUGCUCCAAAUAGGAAACAACAUGUACAAAAGAUCUUUUAUAAUUUAAUUUUAGGUACUUUCUACGGGUUUAGAUUUUGAUAAGUAUAGAUAAUGACAGAACUGUUUUUAAACCAAAUAUAUCUAUUUUUAUUUAAAGCCCUUCAGCGAAGUGUAUUUUGGUAGUGAAAGAAAUAUAUCAGUAUC